AGAAACGAGAAGGGUAGUAGCAAAUAUAUAAAUGUGCAGUGAGUGAGUCCCACGCUUCAACGUCGGUGCCUGCACGACAUCGUUCCGCAUUACCUUUUCCUUCAAUUUAAGAUUCCCAUUCUCUUCUUAUGCUCUAAAUCUCAAUUCUCACUCAAAUCUAAGAUCUGACGCAAAUUGUUUAAAAAUGGAGUCUUUACACAAAUUCAAAUUCUGUGUCAUGGCUAUUUGUUUGGUGUUUCAAUCAGGGUAUGGUUUCUACCUUCCGGGUAGUUACCCUCACAAUUAUGCAAUUGGUGAUGAAUUGUCGGUGAAGGUGAAUUCUAUCACUUCAAUUGAUACUGAAAUGCCAUUUAGUUAUUAUAGUUUACCUUUUUGUAAACCUCAAGGGGGUGUUAAGGAUAGUGCUGAGAAUCUAGGUGAGCUUCUCAUGGGGGAUCGGAUCGAGAAUUCGCCUUAUAGGUUUAAGAUGUUCACUAAUGAGUCUGAGGUGUUUUUGUGCCAAGUUGAUAAAUUGUCUGAUGAUCAGUUCAAGAUCUUGAAAAAGAGGAUUGAUGAGAUGUAUCAAGUUAAUCUUAUACUUGAUAAUUUACCUGCUAUUCGUUUCACGAAGAAAGAUGAGUACUUUUUGAGAUGGACUGGGUACCCUGUUGGUAUUAAGAUUCAGGAUGUGUAUUAUUUGUUCAACCAUCUUAGGUUUAAUGUUCUUGUCCAUAAAUAUGAGGAGACCAAUGUGGCUCGUGUUAUGGGAACCGGUGAUGCGGCUGAGAUGAUUCCUCCUGUUAAGGAAGGAUCCGAGAAGCCGGGGUACAUGGUUGUUGGGUUUGAGGUUAUACCUUGUAGUAUUAUGCAUAAUGCUAAUUCUGUUAAAAACUUGAAAAUGUAUGAAAAAUACCCGUCCCCUAUUAAAUGUGAUCCAUCGACUGUGGCAAUGCCUAUUAAAGAAGGCCAACCGCUUGCGUUUACCUAUGAGGUAACGUUUGAGGAGAGUGAUAUCAAGUGGCCAUCUAGAUGGGAUGCUUACUUGAAGAUGGAGGGAGCCAAAGUCCAUUGGUUCUCGAUCCUCAAUUCGUUGAUGGUGAUCACUUUCCUUGCUGGUAUUGUUCUUGUUAUCUUCUUGAGAACUGUUAGGAGGGAUCUGGCCAGUUACGAGGAGCUUGAUAAGGAAGCUCAAGCACAGAUGAAUGAGGAGUUAUCUGGUUGGAAGCUUGUGGUGGGGGAUGUUUUCCGUGCCCCAUCAAAUCCUUCUUUGUUGUGUAUAAUGGUUGGUGAUGGAGUUCAGAUUCUUGGGAUGGCUGUCGUGACAAUAUUGUUUGCUGCACUUGGAUUCAUGUCACCGGCCUCCCGCGGAACACUUAUCACAGGUAUGCUGUUUUUCUACAUGAUACUUGGUAUUGCUGCUGGUUAUGUUUCAGUUCGACUGUGGAGAACACUCGCGUGCGGCGAUCAGAAGGGUUGGGUUUCAGUUGCAUGGAAAGCUGCCUGUUUCUUCCCCGGUAUUGCCUUCUUCAUCCUCACAAUAUUGAACUUCCUAUUAUGGGGAAGCCAAAGUACAGGAGCCAUUCCAUUUUCACUUUUUGUUAUAUUGCUUUUGCUUUGGUUCUGCAUUUCUGUCCCACUUACACUUGUUGGUGGCUACUUUGGAGCAAAGGCACCUCACCUUGAGUAUCCUGUUAGAACCAACCAAAUCCCUAGAGAAAUUCCUCAGCAGCGGUAUCCGUCGUGGCUUUUAGUUCUAGGUGCUGGCACCCUUCCCUUUGGAACCCUUUUCAUUGAGCUCUUCUUUAUCAUGUCCAGCAUUUGGAUGGGCCGUGUUUACUAUGUUUUUGGGUUUCUCUUCAUUGUUUUGAUCCUUCUUGUGGUGGUUUGUGCUGAGGUAUCCCUUGUUCUAACUUACAUGCACCUCUGUGUGGAGGAUUGGAGAUGGUGGUGGAAAUCAUUCUUUGCCUCUGGUUCUGUUGCACUGUACAUCUUUUUGUAUUCCAUAAACUAUCUUGUAUUUGAUCUCAAGAAUCUGAGUGGACCUGUUUCUGCAACUCUGUACUUGGGAUACUCACUCUUCAUGGUUCUAGCAAUCAUGUUGGUGACAGGCACAGUUGGGUUCCUCUCUUCAUUCUGGUUCGUGUAUUACUUGUUUUCUUCAGUGAAGUUGGAUUGAGGACUUUAGCUCUACAGAGAUCUGUUUCUAUCAUGAGGACCCUUUGGAAAUUUUCAAUCUAUAUGUUAUUUUAUUUCAUUUCAUUAUAUUAGGGAGCAUAGAAAAUUUUAUAGGGGAAUAAUGUUGUCCAGUUUUGCUUAUUUCAUUGUUAGAUAUAAUAUAACUGCAUUAUUAAGUUGGCAUUCUGAAGUUUAUAAUGUACUUUGGCUGUUUAAGUUGGGGAAUGCAAUUAAGAGAUUCAUGACAUUGCAUGCACUAGUCGUUUUAUCCUUGCAAUUGUUUGCUCUCUUGAAAAAUAAAAUAAAAAACAAUAUUUGAUCUUUA